GCGCGCGCCGGGCCCCGGGCGCAUGGAGCAGCGCUGAGCCGCAGCACCGGCAGCGCCCGGCGGGCGGGGGGAGCCCCGCUCCAUCGCGGGCCCCGCGCCGAGUCUCCAUCCUCAUCAAAUACAACUCCUGUCAUUCUCCCCUUCCAUUCACCUACCCAAAGACCAAAUCUGGAAAUAGUAACCAAAAGAGAAGCCCACGUCACACACAGAGCAGGGAAAGGUUGAAAUAAUUGAAGGGUUGGCCAGAUGCAGUGGGGCAUGGAGUGAACAGAAAGAGGUUAAAUUGAUGGAUGACCAACAAGAGCAGGAUUGUGCCUCAGAAGACCAAGAAACUAUCCUGAUUAAUGGGGUGAAGGAAAAUGAGCCGCCCGCGCCGGACGCCGAGGAGAGGCCGUGCAGCGCCGCCGAGGCUCCCCGGGAAGGCCCCGCGGGCCAGCGCGGCCCCGCGGGCAGGAAGCCGUGCCUGCUGAGCCCCCCGUCCCCGCUGCGCCUCACCGAUGUCCCCGAGCACUCCGACGAGCCCUCGGCCCACGCCAUCUCCCUGACGUCCUGCGUGACCAAGGGCAUGAGCUCCUGGUCGCUGCCGGGCGACGGCGACAAGGCGCCGUUCGCCAUGAUGGAGGCGGGCGGGAUGUCGGCGCUGACCGGGGACUGCCUGAUGCAGCCCAGCCGGACCUGCCUGGGCUGCUUCAUCGAGUCCAAGGACGGCAUCGACGCCGAGCCGGGAAUAAGCUUGAAAGUGGGGGAUAUAAAUAGGGAUUACGACACCUGUUCGGUCUCUGAUAUAGGGAUUCACUGCAUGAGCACAGGAGAAACCAUGAGAUAUGGGGAUCAACUGCUUUCAGACCAGCUUUUAAGCUUCCCUAUGCAUAAAUCGAGGGCAGCGGACAAAAGAGAUGCAGAAAAAUCUGACAGUGAUUCAGAGGACCCCACUCAGAAAAAUUAUUACGAGGGAUUACUAUUAGACAAAUGCAAUGGUGAGGAACCUUUACUAACAAAUCCCAACCAGGAAUGGGGCUAUUUUGAAUCUUUCAUUAGUGAAAGUAAAAUUGAGCUGCUUGACCUCUGCUCCAAAAAUGAGCUUUCUGUAAAUCUGUUUUCUGAGGAAGACGUGGACAAUUACAUGUUCGACGAUGACGACUCCACCUUGGGAAGUGAUGUCUGCUCCCUAAAGAUCAGAUACGAAUCUUUCCAGGACAAUGUGCGGGAGAAGACCACCACCCUACAAGAGGACGCCCAGUUCAACUUCUUCCCCAGCGUGUUCAGCAACUGCACCAAAAGGGACAGCAGGAGCACCCUGAAAAGGGGGCCCGGCGGUGCCACCGACCCCUCUCAGUUCAAAUCCGAGGAAGGCAUCAUCUGGGGGGAGGAGGAGGAGGACGGCGAGGAAGAGGACGGCGAGGAGGAGGAGAAAGCUGCCUUAAAUAAAUCCUGCAACAGCACAGAGAUGGUGCAGUACGUGAGCUCCAAGAGGAGCCACUUCUUGGACUCGGUGAAUUCCACGGAGGACUCCGGGGAGUUCAGCGACGACAGCACUUGCACGGAGUCCUCCUACGACGUGCUGCGGGAUAUCAAGGACUGCAGCCGGUACCUGGCCCGGGACCACUCCGGCUCCUUCAUCCAGCAGAACUACGGGCUGCGGGCCAAGAGGAAAGUGCGAUACAGCGACGACUACCUGUACGAUGUGGACUCCAUCGAGAAUGAGAAGAUCCUGGACAAGAAGGAGUGGCUCCCGGACGGGCCCAAGGAGGAGGACGACGACGAGUGGUGCCCCAAGAAACGGCGAAAAGUCUCUCGCAAGGAGCCCCCCGUGAUCAUCAAGUACAUCAUCAUUAACAGGUUUAAAGGGGAGAAGCAUAUGCUGGUGAAGCUCAGCAAAGUGGAUGCCAACGAGACAACUGUUACUCUGAACGAGGAGCUGCUCAGCAAAUACAAGAAGCUGGCCCCACUGAAGGGCUUCUGGCAGGAGAGGCAGCAGAGUCGGCUGGAUUUGCUCAGAUCGUCUCUCUACCACAAGCAGAAUUUCUAUCUUAACGGCUCAGAUGCUUCGUUCCUCCCUCACCCACGGAAGCGAAAAUGCAAGCUAGCAAACAGGCACCGGAUUCAAAGAAUUAAAGCCAUCGAGCAAUCAGUGAACAAGCUGGGCUCUUGCUCCUCUGAUCACAAGCAGCCUUGCAGCAGUAAGGAGGACGUGGGCCUGAAAGGGCUGCCGGCGUUAGCCAUCGCCACCCCCAGCUGUGCCAACGGAUUGCACGUCCACGACAUCGCGGGCAUCGCCGUGAAAUGCAAACCGCAGGAGCGGGAGCACAAGGGGACGGAGCGGAAAGUGCUCCGCAGAAUCAAGUUCAAAAGUGAGGCCAGGUUGAAGUGCAAGAAGAUCAAAGCUGCCACCAGUACGGCAGAGGACUCCCCAGCACUGGAAAACCAGGACUCUGCAGCGUGUCUGAAGGACGAAAACAGUCCCUGUGCUUCAGACAGCUCCCAUCUCCCAGAGUGCCACGAGGAUAAGGUUGCUAAAAAUUCUCCUUUCCUACCAUCCACCUCCUCUUCAGACAAGCCUCUGCCAUCUGCUAAUAUCACCACCAAUGUACCCCUGAUCCCCGGAGGGUAUCUGCAGACGUUGUUAGAUGCUUCGGAUCUGUCGAGCAACACCGGGAUCCCGUACUUCGCCCAGCACCCCUCGGAGCAGCAGCAGCAGCAGCAGCAGCAGCAGCAGCAGCAGCAGCAGCAGCAGCAGCACCCUCUCCCCAGCAUCGUCCCGCCCGAGAAGCCCUUCCCGUCCCUGCAGCCGGCGCAGAGCUGCGUGCUCUCCCCGCCCUCCGAGUCGGAGCUGCAGCAGUCGCCCGGCCACUUGGACAUGGAGCAGGGCGGCUUCGGCAGCAUGUGGCCGGCCAGCAAGGGCGGCGAGCGCCAGGACUUCCCCGGGGACGGGCCGGAGGCGGCCGCGAUGCCCAGCGAGUUCGGCCCGGGCACGGACGGCCUCCCCGCCUCUGGAUACGCUCAAGUCAAUCUGAAUAGCGGCAAAUUGCUAUACCAAAAAAAUUACAUGCCGGAUAGCCAACAAGUGCAGUCUGAUGAUUCUUAUCAGUCAUGUCAUUUCAAUAAUGGAGAGGGGCGCUUUCAUUUCCAACGAGGUACACUCAGUACGGAUGAUGGCAGGCUCAUUAGUUUUGAUUCAGUGGGUUCAUUGUCAGUUAGUUCUAGCAAUUACAGUUCUUUAAGUUUAAAGUCAUGUGAAAAGGACGGCGAGGAUGAUAUUAAUGACGAUUUCUUGGCCCACUGCAGUCCCAAGCUAGUGAUCCAGCAGAGCAUAGAUGAAAUCACCCCUUUGAAGGAGUCCACGGACCUUUUAGACAUUUCCAACUUCACGCCUGAUAGGUUCCGCCAGUCGUCGCUUUCGGAGAUGUCCCCUCCAGACACUCCCAACCUGUCCCCGCAGAUAGCUGGCUCCGAUGCCAAGCCUCUGGGCACCCUGAAGGGCUUUCAGGAGAGCCCCCAGGCCUCCCUCAACAGCUCCGAGAAGGUCAAGUGGAACUGUGGGGUCCUGCAGACCGAGGAUCAGGCAGAUAAUGGGUUUGCUUUAAAUAAUCACCAGUUCCAGUUCCAUAUGUUCAACGAUGAAGAUUCUGUCAGCCUUCUCGAAAAGAGUCCAUGCUUGUCAACAUUUAAUGAGCCAUCUGGUCAAAUUAGCACCAAUAGCAAAGUGUCAAAAUCGAAGAGGAAAAGUUCAUCCAGCAAGAAUGUGGGUACAAACCAAAGCUCUUCCCAGAAAGCCACCCGGAAAAAAUCACCCAAAACCAACAAAGGAACCGAUAAGCCGCAAGGGAAAAACUCCAGGCAGUCACCCAAAUCCACCAGGAAAGGGAAAAAUGCAGCAGGGGUCAACGGCGAGAAGGCUCCGGCCGUCGGCGGCAGGGCGGUCACUCAGCUGGGCACGGUGGCCGCGGCCACCAAGGGCGUGGCCGAGGGCUCUCAGCACUGCGGGCCAGCAGGGGUGAAGCUGGGCAAGCACAACGGGCUCUCUGGAGAGUGGGCACUGGGAAAAGAGGGGGGCACGGGCUGGUCAGAAACCAGCCUGGGCAACACCAGCAGCCUCCUGGACGACGACCAGAGGGAGUUCGAGGAACCCUCCAACAUCCUGUCCAACAUCGCCUCGGGAAUGGCCGACGUGCAGCGGUUUAUGAUGGCCUCCAUCGAGCCCUUGUGGGGCCCCGUCGGCCACAACAGCGUCCCUGACAUAUUCCGGUCACCGGAGUCCAACAGCCUGAAACUGAAAACUCUUAAAAUUUUGGCAGGGACGUCCCAAGAGUCGAAGAAGAAGGUGAACGGUGGCUCGCCGGGGGCGGCGAAGAACCACAAGUCGAACAACAAGGGCUCGAGCAAAAACAGCAAAGCCGUGAGCUGCGAGCCCGGACGCCCCAACUGCUCCACCGGCUUCACCACGGACAUUCACGCUCCCUUUUUUGAUAAAAACUAUAGUAACCUGAGCACUUUAGGCAAUAAUGGACCUACCCAUAAAAAACUCUACCGUCAUAAAUCCAGUUCGAAAUCGCUGAGGGAUGAGAACUGUAAAAUCAAGCGGACGGACCGCGAACAGCCCCACAAGGACCCACCCGUGACAGCUGCUUUUGAGAAACUGAGGGAAUCAGACUCCAUUCUUCUUAAAGCAGAAACAGCAUUUUUGGGUUUUCCUGUAUUUGAAGAAGAGACUCCCUUUUCUAGAAAGACGGUUGAUGUUUUGUUCUUUUCUUAUCAAUUUUUUUUUUCUGGUUGUUUUUUCAUUUUUUUCCCCCCAUCGGUUCCUUUUCGAAAUCUGCCUUGUGGUCUGUUGAAAUGUAAGUGCUGAAAUGAAGAGUUUGAAAUUGUGGGAAUUUUAUUAUUUGAAAGCAAACCUAAUCUGGUAUUCUCUGUGAAAGACUGUUUUAAAAGUCAUACUGUUGUACAGUAGUUUAUGCACUAUUACCCACAACAACAAAAAAUUGUGCCAAACUAUGAACAAGUGACUGUAUUGUAUAUAUUUUUACUUCUCUAUCAACAUUGGGUUGUGAGUGUUUUCUGCAGCUAUGCCUUUUGGUUUUACUAGAAACAUUCCAGUUGUUAAGUACUAACCAUCCCCCUUCGAAAGCACCUGUAACUCACGAUGAAAAAUGAUAUUGUUCACUGAUACAACUUACCAAAAGUUUUAUGGACAUGACUAAAAGUGUGCCAAAUUUACUUACCUCAUUUCAUGGAUUCACCCUGUGGUUUAAAGCUCAUAAAGGGAAAAAAAAAACAAAAAAAGGAAAAAAAAAAGAGAAAAAGGAAAAAUAAAAGGGGGAAAAAAACAAAAAGAAAAAAAAGGAACUUUGAAACCGAUGCUGGGAAAUGGUAACGUCCUCUCUUUGAAACCACGAGCAGAAAAACUUAAUGGUGAAAUGUUGAGUUUCAUUAUAGGAGAGAGUUGCAAUGGUGGAGGAGUUCAGAAAACCACUGACGGUAAGUUUGCCAGGAACUCAAGUGUCUGCAUCUAGAGACUACAGAACAGCUGCUUUUCAAGUGUCUGUUUUCUUAAAGCAAAACCUGUAGCUGAAGAUCAUUUGAAAUGCAAAAUUACAUUGCUAAUUCUUUGUAUCUCAGUUUUAUAUAUUUUAUAAGAACCUGGGAUAAAUUCUGAAAUAGGUAUAAAAACAGAACUAAUACAUUUCAUACAUUGAGUGCUAUUCACUUUUCCUUUGAAUAGUUUCUUAAACAUUUUCGAUGCAGAGCCUGUCAGAAGCGCUCUCCCAUCAUAGCUUUGGUGUUUCCUCCAUGUCUAACCUUGCAAUGCCAAUAUAGUUUGAACUUUCAAAAGCAGAGUCAUUCAUUUAAAAUACAACUCUGAACCUUUUCUUUGAUUCAGUCCAUGAAACAAAUACGACCAACGGAGCUAUUUGUGAUCUCACUGAUCAGGGCCGGAUCAUGACUGGACUUUUUAUUAAGACAGCGUUAAGUAUUGAAUGCUAACUGUAUUCUCAAAAGGCCUUAUUUGUAACCCUCCUCACCACACCCUCGCCUUCCACGAGAAUAACAAACCCAACAAAGAUCUGUUUUCCUUGUGCAACUGAGAGCCUGUGCGUUUUGCUGCUGAUUUCUCAUGACAAACCUUGAUAUGCAAGAGCCCUGGGAGCGACUGGGAGCAGAGGGAUGGACUCCUUAUGCACUGGCAGGCAGUGAGGAAGAGCAGCCUGGCUAGCAGGGGACAGAUCACAUUGCUGAUAUGGCCACAGGCGUUAACAUGGUGUCACACACAGGGCAGGACCGGGCUCAGGUUUCCUCCCCAAGUCAGUUUUUUUCCACCCACGCGCCAGGCAAAGCAGCAGAAUUGGUUUAAGUUAAUUUAGCAGAAAAGCAGAGUGAUCACUUAAAAUCAAAGUGGAGAUGCAGAGUGUUAGUUUAGAAUCAUGUUUUCAGCUCUUACAGAUCUCAUCAGCUCUGUGAUCCCAGACAGAACAGCUCAGUAGUUGCAGUGUGUUUUAUUUAACAGCUGAAAGGACAAACUCUGAAAAAAAAAAAAAAAAAAAAGGGUAAUAAAAAACAACCUCUAAGUUCAUUUUUUCACAGAAUAAAUGCUGGCAUUGCCCAGAGCGAGUUGCUCUGGAUGAGAGUGGUCCCUGGUGCCCCUGGCAGUGUCCCACCCCAGCUCUGGCUCCAAGAGGGAGAUCCAGGAGAUGCUCAGGAUUUACUCUGGAGGCAAGAGCUGUGCUAGGGCUCCAUCCCUGGGCUCUGGGCUGGCCUGCAGCCACCACAGUAGAUCUCUUUUCUAUUCAUAGGCUCAUCAGCUACCACCAGCUCCAACCACUGCUGUGGUGUUGGCAUAUCCAGUUUUCAGCAUUCCCCCCGCGUGCUGCAGGAGAUGGGGCUGGCAGCUCCCUUCCCUUGGAUGUUCUGGCUGCUGCUCCUACAUAGAAAGGUCAGGCCCAGGGCUGAGAUGUGGCACAGACCUUCCUUCUGACCCAGAACCAUCAUUUGAAAGCACAUUUCACCUGGCCUGCACUGUGCUGCUUAUGCUUCAUGUUAUGAAUAUGGGACUCACAAGACAACCCUUUGUACUGGGUGGGACAGCAAUACUUACUGCAUUUGAGGAAUGUGCAAUAGGGCAUGAAGAUCAGGCAUAAAACAUAUCGACUGUUUUCUCCAUGAAUACCCAGGUGGGUGUUUCAGAACGGUGUUAAUCACAAAUUCCAGCUGCCUUGUUGCUCUUCUUCAGUCCUUCUGCCAUUCCAGUUGCUGACAGCUUUGGUGGGCAUCCCAUGUCCUCCAAAAUCAUCUGGGGAGAUGUUAAAGAGCCUGGGUCCCUCGUGGUGUGGCACUGGCCCUUCCCUGUGUCUGAAAAGGUCAUUACUCUGCUGCUUGAUCGCAAAAUUCAGCAAUUGCCUUGAGCCAGCCAUUUGCCCUCCUCCUUUUUGACCUUUAUAUAUAGAGUAUUUGGGUGGGAAGGGGCAUUUGAAGACCAUCUAGUCCAACUCCCCUGCAGAAAGCAGGGACAUCUUUACUAGACCAGGUUGCUCAGAGUCCUGUCUGACCUGACCUUGAAUGUUUCCAGGGAUGGGACAGCCACCACCUCUCUGGGUAACCUGUGCCAGCGUUUCACCACCCUCAUAAAAAAUUUCUUUCUCAAGUCCUUCUUCCUGCUCUAAAUCCCUUCAUUCCCCAGCCUGUGGAUGCCAGGGAUUGCCCCAUCCCAGGUGCAGCACAUCACAUUUGGCCUUGUUGAACGUUUUGAGGCUCCCCUGGGCCCACUUCUGGAGUUUGUCCAUGUCCCUGUGGAUGUCACUCUGUCCCUCAGGCGUGUUAACUCAGUUUGGUGUCAUCUGCAGACCUGCUGAGGGGACUCCAUCCCAGUGUCUACAGCAUUGGUGAGGAUACUGCACAGUGCUGGUCCCAUACAGACCCUGAGGGACAGCACUGGCCACUGAUGUCCUCCUGGGCAGUGAGCUGCUGACCACUGCCCUCUGGAAUUGGUCCAACCAAUUCCUCAUCUGCUGAACAUCCAUCCUUCAAAUCCAUCUCUUCAGUUUAGAAGGGUGUUGUGGGGGACUGUGCAAAGGCUUUACAUUAGUCUAGACAAAUGACACCUGGAGCUCUUCCCUUGUCCAUGGAUGCAGUCACUCCGUCCUGGAAUGUCACUGGGCUGGCCAGGCAGGACUUGCCCUUGGUGAAGCUGUGCUGGCUGUCCUGAGUCACCUCCCUGUCCUCCCUGAGCCCCAGCAGAGGUUCUAGGAGGGUCCAUGGUGUUCCAAGGCAUAGAGGGGGAGGCUGACAGGGCAGUGGUUCAAUGUUUUCAUUUUCCCAGUCAUCCAAAACUUCACCUGACUGCCAGGACUUUUCAGAUACUGUGGAGAAUGACUUGGUAACUCCAUCAGCCAAAUCCCUCUGGGCUCUGGGAUGCAUCUCACCAGGUCCCAUAGUCUUAGGAAUGUUCAGGUUCCUCAGGUGGUCACAAACUUGAUUUUCUCUUACAGUGGGAGGGACUUUGCUCCUCCAAUUCCUGUCCUGUGGUUCCACCACUCAAGGGAGAUGGAAAGAGAGGUUGUCUCAAGCUCCUCACCCAGUUACCAGUCUGCCAGUUGUGUCACAUCUGCUUUGACCCUUCAUUUUCGUGCAGACACACCUGUAGAGGCCCUUGUUAUUCUUUAUGUCUCUUGCCAUGUUCAGCUCCAUCUGCACCUUGGUCUUCCUCACCCAUCCCUGAACAAGCUGACAGUAUCCCAGUACUCUUCCCAGGAAACCUGUCCCUGCUCCUGCUGCCUGUGCAUCUCCUCUUGCCCUUCAGCCUGACCAGCAGGUCCCAACUCAGCCAUGCCAACCUCUUGCCUUCCCUGCCUGAUUCCUCACACCUGGGGAUUGAGAGCUCUUGUUCUCUGUGAAAAGCAUCCUGAAAGAUCUGCCAGCUCUGUUCUGCCCCCGUGUUCCUGAGGGCAGUUUCCCAGGGAACCCUCUUGAUUAACUCCUUGAACUUUCCUAGGAUCCAUCUCCACCUGCCUAUCACUACCUCAAGGUUUUCACUUCCCACUUUUGCCUCAUCCCUCACCACACAAGCUCUUGUUCUCCAUUUGCAUAUUUGUUUUUCAUGGCACUGCUCACAGCUGUGGGAGGACUGGGAUGUGGGUCCCACCCAUCCCUGCCCACCACCCACACCCCAAGUCCCUGCUUGUGCUGGCUCCCACCUCAGCCCAUCCUCUUGCCCAGUCCCAGGGGCUCCAGGAGCUCAUUUGGCACCAAGCCACACAAAAGAUGUUUAUUCUGUCUUUUCUGCUUCAUCUCUUUUCACUCUUACUCCUGUGCAGGAUGGGAGGACAGUGCCAGCAGUGCUGCUGGGCCAUGGUGUCACCGUGGUCUGAGCGACUUAGAAUUGGCACUGGCCUUAGAAAGCAGGGACUGGCCACUUCCAAAGGUCAUAAAAUCCAUCUGAGAGGAGAAUCACACAGGGGAGGUGGUUCUCACCACUCUGCCACAGGAGCACAAGUCUCCCAUGGCACAGGAACAGGAGAGAUGUCCUGCAGAAAAGAAUCCAGCAGCAACCCAGCAGGAGCAAACCCAGCCCACGGCCAUAGAUUGCAUUCAGAGCUUCUGUAAAUAGAAAAAUAUCAGUGAUGGGGAUCCAAUAAAAACCUUUUGGGUUUUUAUUAUGAAAUAAACCUUACCAGGUUUACAUCUUGCUUUUUUUUUUUUUUCUUUCCUGAGCAUAGGAGAGUGGAUGUUUUUGAAAAACACCAUGAGAAUAAUGACUUGUGUACCAGAGGCAGCCAGGCAUUUUGGAAGGAGGAGGAGGAAGAGGAGGGCAGGGGCAGCCACAGGGCUGUCCUUGCCAUGCUGUGCUGUCCUGCUGAGGCUGGCCUGGAGAGGAGAAGCCAAGGCUGGCUGGUGAUUGCUUGGAGAAACCACUGCACCCUUUGCUCUUGUAAAAAAUCAGGAUUACUGUUAAUUUUUUCAGCAUUAUGGCCCAAAACAAGCCAGGAACCAAAAUAAAGAUGUUUAAAGGAUUGUCAUCCUUCAGCUGCUGGACCAUGUUCUUUCCCUAAGCUCCCAAUCUAGCAAAGCACUUAGGUGGGAGCUCACUCCCGUGCCCCAAGUACUUUCUCAGCCAGUCAAAUCCCAAAAAAAACUCCCUUGUUUUUCAGUGUAAGUGGGAAGAGGAUCAGGUGAGUGGACUUGGGUUGGUGCAGGAUCAGGCCCUCAGUCUUUACUUUCUCAACUUGUUGUGUUGGACUUUGCCUGUGCAGCUCCCAGGGGGUCCAGUGGAGGUUGCAUGGUUCAAACCACUGACAUCUAUUGGAGAAUGUGCCUCUUUAUCUCUUCAGCGUGUGAAAUAAUGCAAAAAAAAAAAAAAAAAAAAAAAAAAAAGGAAAAAAAAAGAAAAAAAAAGAAAAAAAAGAAAAAAAAGAUAUAAAAUAAACCAAGUACAAUGUCUGUGGUAGAAGCAAGGCUUUUCAAAUCUGUUUCUCAGGUAAACAAGUGACACUAAUGACAGUGGAGUAACAGCCAUCUAAGGGAAUUGGGAUCUGAAGCAGGAGGAUUCCCUCCAUCUCACAGGACACUUGGGUUGCCAGACACGUUUACUGAGCCUUUAAACACUUGGUGCAAAAGGAAACGAGAAAUAAAAUUGGUCUUUUCACUACCCUUCGCUAGCUAGACAGACAGACAGACAGACAGACGUCCAUUUCUAAAGCACAAAGGGAAGACUUAAACCUAGACUAAACCACACAUCCAGACACAAAACCAAGGUACCAGUGAAACUCCUUUUGUCUCUUGACUCCCGGUGGGAAGCAGGGUAGAAAUGCAAGGAGCUGCUCUGUUCCGCUGCUGCCUCCAGAGAUGUGAAUGUACUGCUCCUUGAGUUCCCUUCCAUAGAACUAGAGGCACCUCGUUAGGAAGUUGCUCCUGUUUUAUGGUGCUAAAGAAAACUUUUAUUCCCCCCCUUGAGCAUUUAAGAACUAUUAAAUGGCCCUUUUUAUGAAUGUAACAUAUCCAUUUCUGUUCCGCAUUUUACACUGCAAUUUUAACAUGUUUGGAAAUGAUUUGCCUUUUUUCUUUUAGAAUAAGCUUUAUAAAUAUUCUGUAGAGUCAAUUGAGGUAUAAUUCUUAAGGAUCACUCUAAGACGCCUACAAAAUCUUGUAUAUUUUUAAGUGUGCCAAUUUGUAAAAUAUUUUGUAAGUGUAUAUUUUUCUUAGAAAAGUGCUGUGAAGUGUUUGUAUGUGUGAGGUUUCCCUUUUUUUGCACCUUCGGGUGUUAAUAAAAGGAUGUAUACUUAAGAGUUUCUGGUUUUAAAAACCAAAAUACAAAGAAAAAAAUUAAACUUUUGUUGGGAAUUUUGUAAUAAAAAGAAAUGUUGUGAAAGAGUGUAGUGAUAUUGUGUAAAGGAAACUGGAAAAUUUGUGAGCGCUUUGCUGUUUUAUAGAUCCUCUUGUAAAUUAUUCUUGUAAUAUUUUGGGUUUUGUUGUUCUUGUUGCAAAGGUUUUAAAUAUUUGUGACUGACUCUGUAUGGUGAAAACGUCAUAUUGUUAACUUGCUGAGUUUUGUUAUAUUGUUUAUGGAAUAAAUAAAAAAA